AUGUCUGAAUUUGAAACAUAUCCUUCAUCAGUGCAAACUAUUUCAACUACUUCAACAGUACAACUAGUUACAAGUAGCUCCAUCAUAAGCAGUACUACAGAUACUCCUACCAUCAGUAGUUCUACUUCUAUUCCUACCACUAGAUUAACUAGUACAUUAGUGACAGUAACUUCUUCCCUAACUUUUUCAUCCCUUACUCGUUCACCCCUAUCUUCCUUAUCCUCAACUUCUUCUUCUUCAUCACUAUCUUCUUCAUCCACGACUUCACAAACUUCUUCAUUCAUAACUUCUUCUUUAGCCCCAACUCUUUCAUUGGCAACUUUUUCAUCCAUAUCUUCUUCUUCAUUUAUAAUUCUACCUUCAUUCAUAGCUUCUUCAUCUACUGUAAUCCCAACAUUAUCCAUAUCUUCUUCAUCAAUUAUUGGACUGGCUUCUGGGAUAUCAAUUCCACUACUAAUUAUAAUAAUUGUUGUUAUAGUAAUUGUAGUGGUAGCAGCAACAGUUCGAUUUAAAAAGAGAAGAGGAAGAAUGGAAGUAAUUAAUGAUGUUACAUUACUGAAGAUGAAUGAAAAUAAUAAUCAAAGUUCACAAGAGCAAGAACUAUCAUCAGUUAAUCCACAGUAUGAGAAUGUACAUCUACCAGUUCCACAAUCAGAACUAUCAAUGGAAGAAUGUGCUGCUUAUGGUGUAGUGGAAGGUACUAGAUUCCCACAGUAUGAGACUGUAGAUCUACCAGCUCCACAGUCAGAAGGAGACUGUGAAGUACCAGUAAAAGAAUGUAAUGCUUAUGGUGUAGAGAGUGCUGGAUUCCCACAGUAUGAGACUGUAACAUUAACAGUUCCUCAGUCGGAACUAUCAAUGGAAGAAUGUGCUGCUUAUGGUGUAGUAGAGG